UCGAAGAUACCAAUAAUUGCUAAACAAAGAAAUCGAAACCAGUCAUUCUGACUGGUACGGUAGUUCUAGUGUUAAGUUUCUAGAAACUUUUCCCAUAAAACUGCAUCGAAGUCUUGAAUACUGGAAAAGAAGGAAACCACAUAUCAACCUCUCGUUAAUUUAAAUAAUAAAAUUAUUUGUCGCUGCCGAUUUCAGAUGAUAAAGCUCGAUGUCGCCAUUGCGACGACAUUCGACCGCAAAAGGUUAAGAUAUACACCGUAGUGUAUAUCUUAUUGACCUCUUCAUAUUUUCUUUGGUCCUUUAUCUCUCAUUCUCUCUCCUUUUCUGUCAUUCUUACUGUUUUCCUUAACCAUUCGAUUGCAUCUUCUCUUAUUUCCCGCAAUGUUCCCUCCGCACUAAGAUUUCUUCCGCAGUUGUGCAAUCUUCCACCAGAUGUGUAAUUUAUCUGUUAUCUGACCCGUAUAUCCUGCAUUUUCUCGUCUCUCGGAAACCUGUUCUCUUCCACAUUUCCGUGUCUCGUCCUGGCCGUCAAUCUACGCGGGAUCAUAAAUUAUUCUAUAAUUCAUCCUAACGUUACAUUAACGACUGAGAAGUCUGAAAUGUAUGGAAACGAUAAAGGGAUUAUACAACGCAAGAUACCGCGCGAUUUCAGCACACUAUCAGCUUCUCGAGUCUCGAAACGUUGAAGUUCUCUCGCGCGAGAAAGAAAAGUUAUAAUUAAAAGAAAUCAUCGGUUGAUGAAGAACGAGGCUCGACAGAAGAUUUUGCUUUCGUGGGAACGCGCGAUCGCAUGCCAUCGGCGAAUUUCCGCGAAAUUGAACGCCCGACUCGCGUGUAAUCGGAUCGACUUAUCGCUGAGAAUCGAGCGACGAUUUUAAAGUAGUGGUAUCUCGUUGCUCGUCGCGAGUCCAAACACGUACAUCCGCAACAUCAAUGCGAUCAUCAGUGGAGAAAUUCGCUGAACGCAUUCGCUGCUGCUGGACUGCUUGGAAACGAGUAUAAUAAAAGGCAACGUUCAGCUGCUAUUCCCAAAGCCAGGAUACGUAGAGAUAGAUCCUGACGAGCUAUGGAGGGCUAUAGUAAAAGUGAUCAAGGAUACCAUAGAAGCCAGCGGAAUCAAACCGGAAUCGAUCGCCUGCCUUGGGAUCUCCUCGCAACGAGGAAGCUUCACUACGUGGAACAUGAAGGACGGAAAACAUUAUCACAAUUUCAUCACGUGGAAAGAUCUGCGUGCUGACGGCAUGGUGAAGGAAUGGAACUCCUCGAUGACGAUGAAAGGACUGCGCAUAGGAUCGCAGAUCCUCUACACGUUAUCCAGGAGGAAACGAUUUCUAGCCGCCAGCGUCUUCAGAUUCAUGAACACGCAGAUGUCUUUGAGACUCUUAUGGACGUUGCAACACGUGCCAGGUUUACAGGAGGCAACGAGCAGCGGAAACGUGGCCUUCGGAGGUGUCGAUUGCUGGCUUUUGUAUAAACUGACAGGUAAACAUGUGACGGACAUCUCGAGUGCAUCGGCGACCGGUCUCUUCGACCCGUUCACGUUGAGCUGGUCAGGUUUGAUGAUCAAUCUGCUUAAAAUUCCGUACAAUAUCUUUCCGGAAGUGGUGGAUACCGUCGGUGACUUUGGCACCACUCCCGUAGAGUUGUUCGGUGUCGCGAUACCGAUAGUUUGCUCGAUGGCAGAUCAAUCCGCCUCGCUGUUCGGUUCAGGUUGCAUAGCGCCAGGGGACCUGAAGAUCACGAUGGGAACCGGGACAUUUGUAAAUGUGAACACUGGGACGAAAGCUCAUGCCUCAAUCACAGGUUUAUAUCCUCUGAUAGCGUGGCGUAUUCAGGACGAAUUGGUGUAUUUGGUGGAAGGUGCGUCAAACGACACCGGAGUGCUGAUUGAAUGGGCAAAGAAAAUUGGUAUCAUUAACGAUCCCAAUGAAACAUCCCCUUUAGCGAGCGCGUUAAAUGACUCCGACGGUGUGUACUUCGUACCUGCGUUCAGCGGACUGCAAGCUCCAAUAAACGAUUAUUCCGCAGCUACCGGGUUCAUAGGCAUAAAACCAACGACGGAAAAGAAUCAUAUCGUUCGUUCUCUGUUAGAAAGUAUCGUCUACAGGAUACUACUACUCUACGAGUCUCUCUGCUCGGAAACUGCCUUCUCGUAUAAAAAAAUACGCGUCGACGGCGGAGUGUCCAAAAAUAAUUUCGUGCUACAGUUGCUGGCCGAUUUGACUGGUCUUGACGUCGAACGAGCGACGAGCACGGAAAUGUCUAUUUUAGGAGUGACUUUCCUCGCCGGCUUACAAUGCGGCGUCUGGAAGACCAGGGAGGAGGUGUUGAAGCUCCGCAAAACGGAGACGGUGUUCGCGUCGAACGAGGCGAACAAGUCCCGGUACCAACCGAUAAUUGCUCAAUGGCGGCGAGCCGUUCAGAGGCUCGGUCAGUGGUACUGACGAUCACUGGAAAUGUAAUUUACCCUUCGCACUCCGAGCGAUUUUUGAUAUAAGCAACUCCGAAUCAGUUUUAACCCUCUGUAGGCCCAUGUAACUUUGAAGUCACGUGUCAGUUGGAAUCUUGUUGAUUUAUUUCAUUUUGCACUCAAAGUGGUGAAUAAAAUUAACCCUUUGCACUCGGGAGGUGACUCUUAGUCACCACUUGAUUUCCUACGGUGAAGCUUUAAAGUUUGGUAUUUAAUAUUAUACUUCAUAUAAUGCAUCAAUCUGAGAAAUAUUGACGUAAAUUAGCUUUGUUCAUCGAUUCGUGUGAAUUUCUCGAAAAUUACAAAAUAUAUUUGCUCGAAGAAAUUAUUGAAACUAUUGAAUACAUUGUUAAUUCGUAUUCAUAAGUGGAUAUUUAUUAAUUUUGUACUGCAUAGAUUUUGUUAUAAUCACGAACAAAAAUUCGUCCUAUAGAGGGUUAAUAUGAACUAUCAGCUACGCGUGCCUCUGUAAAAGAUUUAAGACCCUGCUUUGUCAUUAACACGUUGAACGCCGCGGGGGUCACCGGUGACCCCCAACCAAAUCGAAUUACUAUAGGUCACUCGAUUAAACGAUGGUUAUUUGAAAACAUUCAUAUAUUACAAAUAAUGCUAUCUAAUCUCGUAACAUUCAACUAGAUGACCGUGCAGUAAUAAUAACGCAAUUCAAUCAAAUGAUUUAAUAUCAUAUUUUCUUCAUUUUAUGUUUGAAAAACGAAGUUAUAAACUUAUCUUACAAUGUCGGAGUGCAAAGGGUUAAAGCACCAUCGAAGUCCACCCUCGAAAUUGCCAAGGAAGACCAAUAUACAAUUAAGUAAGAUAAUGAGUCUUAUUUGCUAACUUUGACACCAUGUUUCCUACUUGUAAAUAAAAUCGAUUCGUUUAUAAAAAAUGACAGUUAUCAUUAUUAUCUACGCAAAGUCAAUAAGAGAAUAC